AUGGUCGAUGAACAUAACCUAUCUGAGCCCCUGUUCCUAUACGUGCCCCACCAGUCUGUCCACUCAUCGGGCUUUAACUUUACACUGGAGGCGCCCGAGGAGUACAUCGAUAUGUUUGCGUACAUUGAGUCCGAUAUAAGGCGACAAUUGGCAGCUGUUGUCUACGCUAUGGACGAGUCUAUCGGUGCGGUUGUGGAGGCCUUGCAUUCAAAACAAAUGCUGGAAAACAGUAAUGGUGGCUCUAAUUGGCCUUUGCGAGGCGGCAAAUUUGAGCUAUUUGAGGGAGGUACAAUU